UCCAAAAGUAUAAUAUGAUUGAAAUGUUCACCGAAAACACUUGCUCGUACCCAAUAUUUAUAUUUUUAUAUUAAAUCACACCAUUUAACUAUAUAUAGAGUUACUAUUCAAAAGGAGGAAACAUAAUGUCUUGCAUUUUUAGUGUAUCACAUGUGAACGCCAUAAAAAUCUGUGUUUUGCGUGAAACCCCAUCAGUUUACCCUGUAUAGUUUGCUAAUUUUUCAAUCCUUUUAUGUAUUGCAGGCACUAUUUUUAGCUGUUUUCUUUAUUAUUAUAGGUGGUCCUGUCCUACCUUCCAAAUUUUGUAAAAAGAAAACAGUAUCAACUUCUUGUACUACUUUUCUCCUUAAUCUUUUCUAGGAAAAUUCUCCAUCUUCAUACUUUUUUUGGUAUUAAAUUUUGCAUCUUAUCUUCAUUCUUCAUUGCUAUAUGAUAACUUAGUAAGGAAACUAUGAAUUCUAAAAAUAAUAAUAAUGUAGGGGUAAGACUUGAACGUUAUGAGGACAUUAUUGUACUCUUUUAUUUUCCUUUUCAUAUAUGCCUUAAAGCUCAACUAUAGCUCUAAAGAUUUGUGUUAAAGACAAGUGCAACUGAUAGUGUGAUGAUGGGAAAAAACUUUGUGAAGAUAGGUAAGGCACCACGUUCAAAACAUAGACACGCAGAAGAAACUGAGGAGGAGGAAUAUGAAGACGAGGAGGAGGAGGAAGAACAGAAUGAGUGGGCUGGCAUAGUUGAGAAAAAUGCGUCAUGUUCAAAGGCUGGAUACCAAAGAGCCACUGCUCGCAAGGUGAGGGACAGCCAUGACCAAUUUGGGGCAGAUAUAUUCAAAAGUGGACAUGCAACGCGGCCAAGAAAUCCUUACUUUAUAGCGAAAUUACAAGCAAAAAGGAGAGACCAACUAUACGUUCCAAUUGAUGUGAUUAAAGGCUUCAAUUUUGAACUCCCUUCAAGCAUAACCAUUCGCGACUCUACUGGCAGAGAAUUUGAGACAAAACUCAAGAAUUGGAAGGAUGGUAGAAUAUGGCUAAUUGGAGGAUGGCAUAGUUUAUGCAGGUGGAACCUUGUGGAGAAAGAUGUCAAGUGUAUUUGCGAAUUUGUGAAAGGAAAAGGAAAUAAAGUCCUUUACUUGCAAGUUCAAAUUCUUCAUGAAGGAUCAGUUUCCAACUCCAACACAAAACACAUGGAAGAGGAAGACGAAGAAGAAGAAGAAGAAGAUUAUGAUGAUGAUGAUGAUGAAGAGGAGGAAGAAACUGAAGAGGACGAAGAAACAGAGGAGGAUGAAAGGACUGGUACAUUUAAGAAAAAUGUGUCACAUUCAAAAGUUGGAGGCAAAAGAGACACUGCUUGCAAGGUGAGGGAUGUCCCUGACCAAUAUGGUGCAGAUAUAUUCAAAAGUGGGCGCGCAACUCAGCCAAAAAAUCUGUACUUUGUAGCGAAAAUACGAGUAAAAAGGAGAGAUCAACUGUACAUUCCGAUUGAUGUGGUGAGAGAUUACAAACUUGAACUCCCUUCAAGAAUGAUCAUUCGCGAUUCCGCUGGCAGAGAAUUUGAAACGAAACUCAAGAAUUGGAAGGACGGUAGAAUAUGGCUAGCUGGCGGAUGGCGCAGUUUAUGUAGGUGGAACCUUGUGGAAAAAGAUGACAGAUGCAUUUGUGAAUUUAUGAGAGGAAAAGGCAAACGCGGCCUUUACUUGCAAGUUCAUGUUCUCCAUGAAGGAUCAGUUUCGGAAUAGUGAACUCGUAACAAGUAGUGUUGUUUGUUGACAAAUAUUGAAGACUUAUCUAGUUUGUAUUGAUAGCUCUGACAAUUAAAUGCCUGUUGAUUGGUGUUAAGACUAAAAUCUGGUUUAUUUACAUUUGAA